UUCGAUCCGAGAGUCUAAAGUGUAAAGCACUAAAGCAGUGCAAAAGAAGAAGGGGUCAAAAUGGAAAUGAAGAUCUGAAAUUCUGAAUUCUGACUAGUGAGCCUGCUGCGUCCCCGUUGUCUGUCCCCCUGCAGCCUGAAAUGACGACGGUAUUGUACCACAUGGUGUCGUCGUCAGCCCUAGUAUCACUGGGACUAUACAACCUAAUCUCCACCACACGCAACUACCUGAAAUUCCCACACACCUACGCAGCAAAACUGUUCCACCCAUUCCCAUUCCCAUCCACCACGCUCCGCCACGUGCCCAUCUACCUCACCCUCCUCUCCCUCUUCCUCUCCAUCAUCCACCAACUCAUCCUCUCCUUCUACCCUGACCCCCUUCUCAAAGGCCACACCCCCGUCCACCGCCUCACCUCCCUCCACUCCGCCACCCUCCUCUUCCUCUUCCUCCUCCUCUCCCUCCUCUUCCUCUUCUCCGACACUCCUCCGCCUCCUCCACCGCCUCCGCGCUCCAAACCUCCGCCUUAGAGGCCCACUGUCUCCUCGUCUCCGCGCGCCUCUCCGCCAUCAUUUCGUUCCUCUGCCUCAUCCUCGCCGCCAUGCCCAAGCUCUUCUCCGCGGACGCCGCGCUCUCCGCCUCCCUCAUUCUCCGAGGGCUCUGGACGUUCCAGACGGGGCUUUCGCUCCACGUCGAUGCCUUCAUCCCCGAAGGCUGCCACCGGCUUCUUGAUGUCGUUAAUGGCGUCGAGGGAUCCACGCAGUGUGAUCUUGAUGAGUCGAAGCUCAGGGCUGUGGCGAUUCUCGACCUCGCGUUUCUUCUUCAGGUGGUGAUCGUUGUGGAGGCAUUGCCCAUGAAUUCCAACUCUGGAGAUGCCAACCACCAAAGUGUUGUUCAGAUGAAAGCCAUGGCUGGCACACAGGCUUGAAAUGAAUCUUACUUCGAUUGUUGUAGUGCUAUUUUGGUUCUUGGUACUUUUAUAAAUGAUAUGAGUUAGUUAUGGAAUCUGAUCUGAUCUUGUGAAUACAGAGAAUGGAUUACUUAAUGAGAUUUCUUAAUGGUUGAUGGAAUCAGAUAUAUUUUGUUGGAUCAA